AUGGCAAGUACGUUCUAUGUUGUAUUGGAUCAAAUACGAAAAUUAAUGGAUCUUUAUGCAUUGCCUGUUAUUUAUGUAUUUGUAACAUCAUCUAGUGCAUGGCUUCGCAGGCAAAGUUCACCAAAAAUUACUCAAUGGUUGAUUAUAGGCAGUGUUAUAUUUUGGUCACUCUAUGCUAUGCAUGCUCUAAUUGGAUAUGGAUCCAAUCCGAGUGGUUGUUAUCCAUCUCCUGGCACUAUUUAUAGCCUAUUCGCUUCUAUUGAUGCAAUUAUGACAGCGGUCUUAUCAUUAGUAAUCAUGAUUAUCUUCAGCAUUCUCACUCUACAUAAUCUUCGCUUAAAUAGUAUCCGUCGAAUACAACCAAGUAUAAUGCAACACACUCUUGUUACAGUACCCGAACGACAACGAAGAUCAAAGCGCAAUACUCAAUUCCUUCGAUUGUCUCUUCUUCAAGUACUGGUCUUCAUCAUACUCAACUCUGGAUGGACAGUUUUUGCUAUUUUUAGCGCUGUUUCCAAACCAGCAACUUUGGGUUUGUUCAAUACAAUACUUCUGGUAUCAUUUUUACAAGGGUUCGGUAUUACAUUACUCUACAUCUAUGGCACUGUAUGUAUUGUUAUUGAGGAAAGAAAGAAUUGA